AUGGCUAGGCCUAGGCUUUCACGUUUUCAAGAUGAUGUUCCCAGCAAAGCUUAUGUCAAGGUCUUUAGAAUCAAAAUAUCCCACCUCCAACCUAGGGCUGCCCAAGGCGACAGGCAACAAGACAAGAUAUCGAAAGUUGGGCAUAACAGCCCACGGACAUACGUGUGCCAGCAAGUUCCAGCUCAGCAGUUACUCAUGAACAAUCAAUUCCCCUUCCAAUUGGCAAUGAGCCAACACAAGCAUACCGCCCAAGUGUCCAGUGUCCAUCCCAAGGAAUUCAUGGAGUCACGAAACGACGCGGACGCCAUCUUCCGCGAUAGCCGUUUCUGA